AUGGCGGAUCCCACUCUCCACGAUGGCCCCGCGCCCAAUACCCCAUCUUCCGGCGAUCAAGGAGUGCCACCCUUAAGCGCUGGAUCUGGUGCCCCUUCUGCUUCAGGGCUGGAGGCUCGCGCGGGGGCCCCUGUUGUUUCGGAGGAGCUGAAAGCCCGUUUGGAUAAAGUGAUCUAUUCAGACAUCGGCGUAGCAACUCUCCUGACCAGGUUGAAGCAAAGCAUUGCCUCCGCAAGGGACUUUGCGUCGUUUUUGAAAAAGAGAUCAAUUCUGGAAGAAGAGCAUGCUCAAGGCUUGAGAAAAGUAUCGCGGGCUCUGUACGAUGCGGCACACAAAUCCGAAAAUCGUCAAGGCACAUAUAGCUAUGGCUGUGUUGAGAUCAAUGGGUUUCAUGACCGCAUGGCUGAUCACGGGCUUCAGUUCGCCGCGUCUUUGCAGCAAAUGGCCGAUAACCUCAAUGAACUCGCUGGGAACAUUGAGCGAGGGCGGAAGCAAUGGAAACAUGAAGGGUUGAGUGCGGAGAAACGAGUGCUGGAGGCGGAAGCUUUGGCUGAGAAAGCCAAGUCCAAAUAUGACACAUUGGCGGAGCAGUAUGACCGGGUAAAGACAGGAGAGAAAGCAGGUGGAAAGUUCGGCUUCAAGGGUACCAAAUCUGUUGCCCAGCAGGAGGAAGAUUUGUUACGCAAAGUUCAAAGUGCAGACUCGGACUACAAGGCCAAGGUUCAAGCCGCUCAGACGGCUCGACAAGAGCUGAUCUCGACCCAUCGGCCUCAGGCUGUACACAACAUUCAGCAAUUGAUCUCUGAGUGCGACUCGGGACUUGCUCUGCAGAUGCAGAAGUUUGGAACGUUCAAUGAGAAGCUGCUGCUAGGGCAGGGCUUAUCUAUCAGUCCAUUAAAAGAACCAGGGGAGGGUGCCGCUGCUCCCAAGAGUCUCCGCGAAGUCAUCCAGCAAAUUGACAACCAGAAAGAUUACCAUGAUUACAUUUUAAGCCAUGAGUUUAAUCCUGGCGCCGUGACCUCCGAGCAAAUUCAAUACCAUCGCCAUCCUACACUAGGAGGACCAACUGCGCCACCUGUUUCUAGUCCUCAGAGUACACAGACGAAGCGGCAGUCUGUUGUAGUUCCUCAGCCCGUCUAUCAGCCACCUACUUCCACCCAAGCUCCUCAAAUCCCAAUCCAAAUACCAUCAUCAGGCCCACUAGAGAGCCCCCAGUCAGCCCCAUACCCUCAAAAUCCAGAUGUGUUUGCGCCACCACCCUUCCAGCCGCCGUACCCAACUGCGUCAGGACCUCCUCCUGAGCCGCAGCCCUUGAACCAGCCGCAGCCUCCGGCGCCGAAAGAACCAUAUCCAGCCCCGGGAAGUGGCUAUUUACCAAAUUUGAACCUUCCUCCGCUGAAGCCUGUCUUUGGAGUCUCGUUAAAUGAGCUGUACGCCCGUGAUGGGACUGCUGUUCCUAUGAUUGUGUAUCAGUGUUUUCAAGCAGUGGAGUUGUUCGGGCUUGAUGUCGAGGGUAUCUACCGGCUCUCUGGAAGUGCUACUCACAUUAGUCAGAUGAAGGCUUUAUUUGACAAUGACUCGUCCCAAGUCGACUUCACCAACCCAGAGAGUUUUAACCAUGAUGUGAACAGUGUUGCAGGUCUCCUGAAACAGUUUUUUAGAGACCUACCAGAUCCAUUGUUCACGUCACAAGCGUAUUCCAGCUUCAUUGACGCAGCCCGGAUUGACGAUGACAUACAACGACGGGAUUCGCUUCACGCGAUUAUCAAUGGUCUCCCGGACGCCCAUUACGCUACCCUGAGAGCUUUGAUUCUGCACCUGAACAAAGUCCAAGAACAUUACACUCAGAACCGCAUGAACGCAGGCAACAUUGCAAUUUGUUUUGGACCGACUUUGAUGGGUGCAAGCUCAGGCGGCAACAUCGCAGAUGCCGGCUGGCAAGUACGCGUCAUCGAAACCAUACUCGAGAACACGUUCCAGAUAUUUGACGACGACUAGACAAACUGCAUGCAUAGUAAAACAUAAGGGAUCACUCCUGCGAGCAUGCGAGGCUGGUUUUGUUCAUUAUGAAUACUUUUGGUUGGUACCGUUGUUCUACGCCGCUAGUUGUAUAUUUGGUUCUAUUUUUCCGGCUCUGUUCAGUAGCGUUCUAUA